ACCCGUGAGCCAGUAUACAUAAGUGGACUUUUCGAUAGGAGUGUAGUUACUAUAGUGCUACGUCACGCUACGAUCCGUAGGUGCCUCCUCAGAAAAGCUUAAGGCCUUAUGCAGGGUCGGUGACGUGAGGAACAGCAUCCAGCAGGAAGAUGAAGCCGCGGGGGUCCCGCGUGAUGCACGCCUUCACUGCUCUCACCAUGCUAACAAUGGCUAAUGCUCAAACAACAUGUAACCAAGGAAUGGGACGAGUGAUGUACGAGAGAUUACCGAAUCAACAGCUUCACGGUUUUGACGAUGAUGUUAUACGGGAAACUGCGCCACCCUUUCGUGUUCUAGAAAAAUGUCAGGACCUAUGUUUACGUGAUCGUUCUGGUAAUAGUUUGGUUAGGACUUGUAAUUCUAUCGAUUUUCAACCUGGAGCUCGAAUAGCUGCUUUCAGUCCUGAGCCAGAAUAUGAAGAAUCCACUUGCUACUUGACAAGAGAACAAGCGGCGCCUGAAGGAAUUGGUACACUAAUGAUUGUUCCGAACAGCGUACAUUUCAACGAAAUUUGCUUGACGUCUAACCGACCGGAACGUGAAUGUCCUUCCCGGCGCUACGUUUUCGAACGUCAUGCGCGUAAACGUCUCAAGCUUCCACCAUCAGACUUGAAAGAAAUCAUGGUAGCAAAUAGAACAGAAUGUGAGGAUAAAUGUCUGGGCGAGUUCAGUUUCGUUUGUAGAUCCGCUACAUAUGACUCCGCAUUAAGAACUUGUUCAUUGAGUAGAUUUACUAGAAGGACUCAUCCUGAACUCCUUGAAGAUGAUCACAAUGCCGAUUAUUUGGAAAAUACUUGCCUGAAUGCUGAGCGUCGCUGUGACGGUUUAGCUGUUUUUAUCAAAGAAGAAAACAAAAGGCUCGGAGGACCAUUUGAAGCAGAUGUAUUCUCGAAUAUGACCUUAGACGAAUGUCAAGCGAUGUGCGUCCGUGCUGAAAAGUAUUUUUGUCGUUCCAUUGAACACGACGCAAUGACGAAGCAAUGCGUUCUCUCAGAAGAAGAUUCGGUUUCCCAAAAAGACGACGUGACUGUCAGCGCGUCGCCUACGCAUCAUUUCUACGAUCUCGUCUGCUUAGAUAAUCCUCGCGGGACCGAGUACCCGGACAACAGUGUGACAUCACACUUAUUCUCACCGGGCCGGAGACCAGACACUGCCUUCCAGAGAUACAGAAACAGUCGUAUAACCGGAGAAUUCCAUUCGGAGAUCACAGGACGAUCGCUCAGCGAAUGCCUGGACGAAUGUUUAAGGCAAACGAGCUUCCAAUGCAGGUCAGCGGUAUAUAGCGACCGCGCAAGAACUUGCAGACUCAGCAGAUACAACCAGAAAGACGGGAUGCGUUUAUUGUACGAUCCUGACUUCGAUUACUAUGAAAACCUCAUGCAUCAACUAGUUAGUGGAGAGAACGAGGCCGGUGGUUCAGGAGGUGGAUCAAAAUCUACUUGGGGUACCAAUUCAUCAGGUGGUAGCAAUGGCGGAGAUCGUGACAGAUAUCCGCCUGGCGUAGACCGCUAUCCGGAUGACGAUCGCUACUACGAGGACGAUCGCUACCCAUCUCGGCCAGACCGCUAUCCACCAGAUGACCGGUACCCGGUCGGCCCUGAUUCCUAUCCUGAUAGAUAUCCCGGUGAUCGUGACCGAUAUCCAGUAGACAGAUAUCCGGAUGACAGAUACCCCCCUGGUGUCGGACCGGAUCGGUUCCCGACAGACCGUUACCCACCUCCAAACGACCGGUACCCGCCGGGCGUUGAUAGAUAUCCAGGUGGAAGGUACCCAGUAGGAGACCGAUACCCAAUUGACGGAGGACGGUUUCCUCCUUACGAUCCUCCUAACGACAUAAGUAGAUAUCCAGUCCCUGAACGGUAUCCUGUCAGUAGGUAUCCUAUUGACGUUUACCCUGACAGAUUUACCCCAGAUCGCUAUCCCAAUGACAGAUACCCGAUCCCUGACAGAGGAAGGUAUCCUCGACCCUGGUAUAACAGAUAUCCUGAAAGAUUCGAUCAGGAUCGUUACCCUGCUACGAACGAUCUUGGCCGGUACCCGUUCAGUCGCUAUCCAGUUGGUGUGAACCGUGACCCGAUACCUCUGGGUGGGGACCGUUAUCCUGAUCUAUAUGAUAAAUAUCCGCCGACCGGAUCAUCAUAUCCUGGUUACGGACGCGGCGGUUAUUAUGGUUCAGACUAUCCCACAGGCGAUCGUUUCCCCCCUAGUGACCGGUACCCUGACAGGGGUGUUCGACCUGGCCCUGACAGGUAUCCCGUAGAGCCAAGACCAACAUUCGGAAUAAGAAGACCUGCAGAGAGACCUGGUGGUUAUCGUGGUAGUUAUCCCUCACAAGGAUUGGAUCGACCAAUUGGAGGAGGUGGUUAUGGUGGCUAUGAACCAGAUGGACCUAUUGGGCCGAUUGGUGGUCCAGUGAAUAUUCCAAUUGGUAAUGGCAUCGGAGGAUCCAUAGGAGGUCCCGUGGGUGGACCAAUUGGACCUCCAAUUGGUGGCCCACUCGGUAGUCCAAUUGGUGGACCGAUUGGUGGUCCUUUAGGUGGAAGACCGCCUAUCGGUCAAAGACCUUGGCAAGGAUCGAGAUGUGAAGAAGAUAGUUUUAGACAAGUCGGUCGGCAACGCAUGCAGAGGCGAUUCGUGCGUCGUUUCACAACCGCUCAAUCUUUGGCACAUUGCCAAAGAGAAUGUAUUGAAGCGCGAGACUUUAUCUGUCGGUCAUUCAACUACAGAGAUGUAGGUUACGGAGCGGAGCCACGUGAUAAUUGUGAACUGAGCGACCGCGACACGAGAGAACUGGAUGCGGCUAAUCCGGCGCACUUCGAUAACACGGCCAACGAAUACGACUUCUACGAGAGAGCUCUCGGAAGAAUCGCUGAUGAUUGUCUCGAUGUUUCACAAGUUUGUAACGAGGAUGGCAUGGAAUUCACAUUGCGUUUACCAGAAGGUUUCUACGGACGGAUGUAUACAUACGGUUUCUAUGAUCGAUGUUUCUUCCGCGGCAAUGGUGGCACUGUUAAUGCGUUAAGGAUUUCCGGAGCCCAUGGCUACCCUGAAUGCGGUACUCAACGGUACGGUGAUACCAUGACCAAUAUCGUCGUCGUCCAAUUUAGUGAUAACGUUCAGACCUCGAGAGACAAACGCUUCAACUUAACAUGCUUAUUUAGAGGACCAGCCGAAGCAGUCGUGACUUCGAAUUACAUCGGAGCUGGAUCUGGAAGUCCGAUACCGAUUGAGUAUCUCCCGGAGGAAAGUUCGCUGAACUCGAAGGUCCGUUUGUUGAUAUUGUACCAAGGCCGACCAACGACCACCAUAGCUGUGGGAGAUCCUCUCACGUUCAGGCUUGAAGCACAGGACGGGUAUAACUAUGCCACCGAUAUAUUUGCUACCAACGUGAUCGCUCGUGAUCCAUAUUCCGGACGUUCAGUUCAACUAAUUGACAGAGUAGGGUGCCCAGUAGACCCUGACGUAUUCCCAGAGUUAGACAAGGGUCGUAGCGGCGAUUCUCUGGAAGCGAGGUUCAAUGCUUUCAAGAUACCUGAAUCGAACUUCUUAGUAUUUGAAGCUACAGUCAGAACUUGUCGAGAUGGCUGCCAGCCGGCAUAUUGCCCAAGUCACACUGGAAGAUCAGAGCCAUCAUUCGGACGUCGACGAAGAGAUACAAACUCCACUGAAAUCGAAGAUGAAACAGCAGUCAAAGAAGAUGACAAAGCGAAUAAAACCGAUAACAAAAGCGAAGCGUCCGUUUUUAAAGUAUCAUAUGAAGAGGCAAGCGUUGAUAAAUAUUUGAAGGAUGAAGUUGAAACACCAAGUCACGUUAGAAAGAUGAUUGAGGUGUUCGACAACCGCAACGAGCUGAACGAGGAGAACGGCGUAGCGGAUUCCGCGCCCGUGGUGGCGGUGGCGGGCGUGUGCGUGUCGCCGCAACACUACCGCGCGCUACUCGUGGCUCUCUGCGUGCUGCUGUCACUGCUACUGGCCAUGCUUACCGUUGCGCUCUACAUAUACAAACGCUACUGGCGCGUGGUGCGCAAGAACCUGCAGGUGUGCGCACGCGACAGCAGCCCGCGCGCUGCCGCGCCCGCCCCGCACCCCACGCGUCCCUCACUCUUUUCCGCCUCGCAUUUACAUAAACCCUUCUCGCUAAGUGGACUUGGAAGAAACUUCUCAGAUAUGGGUGAGGAAGCAGGAUCCUCCGGUCGAUUGGCGAAUGCGUUUGACGACGGCAGCGAACCUAUUUAUACAGACCCUUCGCUGUUCGAAAGAUCUCGGUCUCUCCGUUCUUUGCAUUCAAUGGACUUGAAGCCGGACCGACGUGAUCAUCAUGCAUAAAUACGAAGAACCCUCAAAAUUAAUAUCUAACUUUUAUAAUAAAAUCAUAACUUUGCUAAGAAUAACUGCCUAAAUGUGCUCAGAUUUUAAUCCGUCCAAAGAGUAUUUAUAUUUUGUACUUUUUUUUACA